GACAGCGCAAUUUUUAAUGUCUGCGGUUUGGCGUGUUGCCGCAACCCAUCCGAAAAAGCUUGUUGCUGGGACACUAUGUUUAGUCUAUUGUUAUAAGUUUACGGGGGAAAAAUAUCGAGACUACGUUUUGCACCGAGAAAUAUGCUCCCAUGUUUCUUCAGAAAAUUACAAGACCGUUAAUAGCACACAACCUCUACGCAGCCUGACUGUGUUUGUAAAUCCAUUCUCGCGUCGUGGAGGACUUUUAAAAGAGUUUGAAAACAAUGCUGCUCCUAUUUUAAACCUAUCUGGUCUUGACGUUAAAAUGGUUUAUCUGGACACCGAUUCUGAAAUAAAGGACUUCAUAAAAGUGCUAGAUCCGAGCAGUACUGACGGCGUUUUAGUUGUUGGAGACGACAAUUUGAUCCAAAAAGCAGUUACAAGUUUGUUAUCCCGGGACGAUUUUAAAACUACUCCUUUGUGGUCAUUGCCAGUCGGAGCGGUGCCCGUAGGUAUUUGGAAUGGGCUUAUAAACUCUAUCUGUGAAAAAACAGUUGUUCCUAAAUGGUUUUACAACGUUUUACAUUCUGUCCUACAACAGAAUACCAAAAGGAGAAAUGUUUUGGAAGUAAAAGUUAUUUCAGACGAUAGUCAACCAAUUGAACAAUCAAAGGCGUCAUCUGCGAAUACUUAUUCAUUAUUAGGUAUUGAAUGGAACAUUUGGAGAGAUAUAGAACUUGGUGGGGGUUGUGGUGUUAGUGAUAGACAUAAAAAGCCAACAAAUCCUAACGAUCACCGUGGUGUACUCACAACACUUUCAGUUUCAUCUCCUAGAUCUUGGAGUCGUAAUUUGGGUGCAUUGUGGAGAUCUACUUGGUAUUGGCUUCGAUCAUCUGAAAACAAUGCUCAAAUAUAUCCUCAUAGUGAUUCUAAAACUUCAUCGAAUUUUUUCGCAGAUUCUUCAGUCACUAUAUCUGAAAAAAAGCUGGAAAAAAGUCGUGUGAAAUUCGCUCGCCUUACUUAUACUCCAGUUUGUACAGGAUGUUCGAAAUGUUGGGAGAAGAAGCUAAUGAGUUAUAAAGAAUCUGGUGUCGAAGUAAAUGCAAAGAAAUCAUCAUCUCUAUUAGGAAGAAUAUUUGGAUUCUCACUAAGCAGUAAUAAUAACAAAUCAAAUAUUGAUGAAGUGAAAAGUAUAGAAAUUCAACAACAAAUCAAAGCUAAGAGUUCCAUAGACAAUCCUGCAUGUGAAGAACUAAAGGAAUUAAUCGUUGAAAAGGCUUCUGGAUUCACAAUCACUCCAGAAGGAGUAAGUCUGUGUAUGGCAGUAAAUUUAUGAGUUUUAUUGUUAUAAAAACAGGUUUGUACCAGUUUCAUCAUUAUUCAGUGACUUGAAUAGCCGUAAACGAUAAUUUUUCUUUAUUGAUUUUUUACCAUCCUAUUUGUAAAAUGGAUAUCAAAUCAAUCUGUAUCUGUGUCGGAACACUAGUCAUUGGUUAAUGGGGUAGUGUAUCUUCAUCAAUGUAUGCCCAACGACUGUCUGUCUCGAUGGGCAAUGUUGUCUGGUGUAGUAGGCUGAAAUAAGGCUAGGGGAGAUCAAACCAGAACGUGACUGUCGAAACCAAUGAUCACAGAUUGUGAGUGAUAUGGCUCCGACUCGUGCUCAGUGGCACAGGUUCAUACACUUUAUUUUCUCUAAAUCCUAUGCCUUUUUGUUUCUUCUCUACACCUAAUCUUUUUGGUUACUAAUGAUGUUGUUAAUACUUCUAUAAUGCUGAUAUUUGUCUUAAUAAUUCUAUCUCUGUGUGAUUAUGUUAUAUGGCAACUCGAACUGGCACACAUGUGUCAGGUUCUACGUUAUAUGUGACUAACUGACUGGAGCAUUAGCCUCAGUUAUACAUAAGAGAUCGCCUCACCAAUCCAACUAAACGUUAUGGGAGUGGUAGAUUGGAGUAUGUAGUCAAACAUUAUUAACAAGUCAUUGUGAUCAGGACUUGUUUCUUUGGUAUAUUUCAACAAGGAAGACAUCAUGGAGUAUUAGUGAGGAAUUAAUGUAGUAUGUUUAUUUGUGCUUAAACUUAUAUGCUAUGUUAAACUUGUCACCUUUGGUAAUCAAUCCAAUUUCGAAAUAAUCUAAUCUGUUAACCGAAUUUAGUCACUGAAGUUAAUGGUGUAUUCUGAAUGAAGUCAAUCAGCUGUAUGGUGACAUUUGUUGAUGUAUGAUUGAAAGCAUCUGGCAGGUUAUUCUAAAUGAAAAUAUCGUUUUUACCGACAAUCACUACUUAGGUUCAUUUUCGAUCCUUAGCAAACUAAUGUUUUAUGUCUUGUUAAUACAUAUUUCCGAUAAUUCCUUACAAGCAUAUAAUCCUGCUCAUGAUUUCCUGCUGAUCGCUUCUAAUGGUUCUACAUAAUUCUUUCUUAUCUGCCUAAGUAUUCAGUGUAUGUCUUCUAGCAGUAGUUCAAGUUCACUAGUUUUUUCUUACGGAGAAAGCAAUAAAACAGAAGUCAGAAUCUUAUUGUUACUUUUAUUAUCUAUCGAUUUCCAUUUAUUAGUCUGUAUGCAAUUAUUUUUUGUGUUCGACAGUUAGUUUAUCUCAUUUACUAGGCCCAGGUUAGUGUACUUACCUUCAAGCUACGUGCUGAAUGUGAAAGCUAACUAUACUAACCAGUUGCCUUAAUUGAUGCAGUGGGACCAGGGUUAUAAAUCAUUCUCUUGGUCUGAUAUUAAAUAUAACUGAUCAUCCAAACCUCAUUAGAUGGAGCAGGGUUCGAAACCGUAAUUCACUGGUUGAAAUUGUUUUGACCUGAAUAAAUAAAUCACAUCCUUACGAACGCCUGUAUUUUUUGUUUUAAUGAAUACUACACCAUAACCAAUCCUUAUCUCGAUUAUUCUGUUUAGUAACUCAUACUAGGAGUGGUGAUGAAAUAUGAUAAGUGGACGUUUUUUAAUGAAUUAUUGUAUGGAUAAUCGUAAAUCAAAAUCUGUAUUCAGUCACUCAGUAACAACGUAGAACUUCGUGCGUACGUACAUCAGUUCGAGUUGCCAUACCACAUUAGCACACAGAUACAAUUGUCGAUUCAAAUUCCGUAGUGGUAGAGAUGGUAAGAGUAUAAGCAAUAAUCGGGAACACUAGGGUUUUAAGAUGUUAUUCAAGGAGAAUAAUUUAGUGAAAUAAAUUUGAAGACGGAAAAAAAGAGACGUGAAUAAUUCAGAAGAUUAGAAUUUGGGAGAACACAAAGAGUGGAUGCACCUGCGUCAUUACAAACGAUUUUGAGCCAUGUCAUUCAAGGUAUCUAGCCAUCGGUUGCUAUCGUCUCUCGGAUUCCAACCAGUUAAUGUACACCUACUAACAUGACUUAGUCCACUUGUCGGUGUCUUCAUGGAUUUGUGCCAUGUGUUGGUCUGGCCGCCCCUCACUUUUUUCCAACCUACUCCUACACCAUAAAACAUCGCACGUCGGGGCAGUUGGUGGUUGGGCAUACGUAACACAUGUCCCAGCCAUCUUAACUGAUCAAGUUUCACUAUGUCAUCAAUCGAUUUACCAUCUUACCUAGUGUUCGUUUCCUAACAACUGCAUCACUUAUUCGGUGGUCCCAGGAUAUAAGAGCAAUGCUUAGAAGACACUUUUGAUCGAAUACUAGUAGCAUACCAAUAUCCUUUACUCUUACCGGCCAUGUUUCACAACCAUAAAAUAGGACGUAACGAACUGCUGCGCAGUAAACCUGUCCUUUGAUUGGUAGACAGAUAUUUCGCCCACACUAUAAAUGACGCAAGUUGGCAAAAACUAUUCAAGCAUUCUGUAUCCAUGCUGGGAUUUCACCACACACCAGACCACAAGGGCUGAUGAGACUCCCAAGAUGAGUGAAGCGGUUGACGCGCUCAACUACUUCACUCCCUAUCAUUAGUUCGGGUGUCGAUGCAACCCAAUCCUGAAGCAAAAUUUUGCAUUUCGAGGGAGAGAAUCGCAUCCCGAAAAUGCUUGCAUUGUUUCGUAUAGUGAUCAGAAGACUGGAUUUUGUCAGCGUCUCCACCAAAUAGAACUAUGUCAUCGGCAUAUUCUAGGUCAAAAAGUGAAUCUCCUGGUAGAAGUGGAACCCCUGGGAAUUUAGAUUAGGAAAGUGUUAAACAAGAAUGGAGAGAGUGGGCAGACCUGACGAGCGCCACUUGAGGUUAUCAAUUCUGAUGACAGUUCGCCAUGAGCUCUCACCCGACCAGUUGUGUUUGAGUAGAGAGCCUUUACAAGGUUAAUGCACUUCUUUGGUACUCCUUUCAAUGACAAAUACUGUCAUAGAACCUCACGAUCAACAGAGUCGAAUGCUGCCUUAAGGUCGAGAAGUACUACUAUGGUGGGGCGUCUGAAUGUGUUUCUAUGUUCUAGGACCUGACGUAGUGUGAAUACCUGGUCUAUAUAGCCACGUCUAGGUCGGAAAGUAGCCUGGUUUUCUCUAGUCUGCUCUUCACGAGCUUUAGUUAGGCGUCGAAGUAUUAUUGAAGCUAAUGUUUUUGAACAUUAUAUUAGUCAAACUGAUUCCUCUGUGAUUGUCACGAGAGGACUUUUGUCCUUUCUUAUAGACUGGUACAUUCUGUGAUUGAGACCAGUCAGAUGAGGUUACCUCCAGAUCCCAGAUUCUACCUAAGACCUCGGCCAAUGUCACUGCUAAUACUGAACCACCAUCCUUGAAAAUCUCAGGAGUAAACCUGUCAGGACUUGCUGCUCUUCCUCGUUUCAGUUUUCCUAUCUGUUUUUCAACUUCGUAAAGAGUUGGAGAACUUGCAUCAACUUGCCUUUACUAGCAGAUAUCACUGCCGUUUUCACAGCUUCUCGUAUAGCAUUCCAAGCUGCCUCAGUGUGGGUAUCACUUACAUAACUGCCUAAUUGUGUUUCUAGUUGUUCCUGAAAUAUAUACUUAGCUUGGUUAUCAUUAAGGAGAACCCUGAGAGGUACUGAUUCUAAGCAUGUGCUCCAGAACGAGUGACAGUCUUCUGUCUAGCUCCUCCAUCGGUGGUUGAUAGCUAUGUGAUCCAGUGCAGUUCGACGUUGGUACGAAUUCGGUGGUCGCCAUGUUAAAAGAUAUUUUCCCUUAUGCUUAAAAUCAGUAUCUGCAAGAAACAGGUGGUUAUCUGAGCAUAGCUGCAAUAGACUGUCACCAUUAUCUGUUAUUCGAGCCACGACACGAUAAAAUGCACCCAUGUGUCUUUUCUUUUCGCUUAGUUUACCUACUUGAGCAUUAAAGUCACCAGCCACUAUUACUGCAUCAGAACGCCUAACGUUUUAGAGGUCAGAAAGCUUUCUGUAAAACUAAUCUUUUAACUCAUCUGAGCUGCAGUUAGUAGGAGAGUAAGCGGGGAAGACGAAGAGGCAACGACGAUUGUUCCUAUCUUUCCGGGUUUAGUAGAGCGUGGUUUCAGGAGACCGAGAAUAACAUUCCGCACACUCAAAUCGUUUGCAUUAGGGGCACGAGGUGAUAAAGGAACGUGGGAAGGGUCAGUCAUAUAGAUAAGAAAGGUAUUAGGAGGUGAAAAUCUGUGUUACUAUGUGUGUUACAAGUGAAUAAGUGAUUUAAUUAAUUAGAUUAGACAAUCAAUGGUCCGUUUCACGUUUAAAUACACACUUGGUAGUUUUGUGUAAUCCAUUUAAAUAUGUACCAAUAAAAAUGUAUAUGUCUGUAGGAUCACAUUCGUUUGGAUAUUUUGCGUCGUUCCACCAGCUAUUGGGAUCAUAUUCGACAGUUUCGUUCAUGGCUCCUUUCUCAACCGUAUUCAUUUAAAUCUGGUAGUCAGGUAGUAUUGUGUGAUAAAUUGCGUUUGUUUCCUGGUCAAACUGAGAACGAGUUUUAUUGGAUUGACAACGACUACUUUGAGGCCCACCCAAUUGAAGUGAAUUUGCGCCGCAACGCUAUCAAUCUUUUCAUGUAAUUUAUUACUUUCACUUAAAUAAACUAGAUCGGUUUUCCUAUUUUAAUGUAUAAUUGAAGGUUUUGUUUUCUCUCUGAUUGGGAACUCAAUUUUUACAUUGAAAGCAGUCCCAUUACUUACUUACUUACUUACGCCUGUUACUUCCAAUGGAGCAUAGGCCGCUGACCAGCAUUCUCCAACCUACUCUGUCCUCGGCCUUCAUUUCUAGUUCCAUCCAAUUCUUUUUCAUUUUUCUCAUGUCUAUCUCAAUUUCCCCGCGCAAUGUGUUCUUUGGUCUUCCUCUUUUCCUUUGUUUAGCCUUCAAGAUUCCAUAUAAGGGCUUGUCUUGUGACGCAGUUGGGUGCUUUCCUCAGUGUGUGUCCUAUACACUUCCAGCGCUUCUUCCUGAUUUCUUCCCCCGCUGGGAAAUCAGGAAGCAGUCCCAUUAUAUAGACGUAAUUGAGC